GUCCCUCUCCGUCUCUCCCUCCUCGCCUCCGUAGUCGUUUUGGUUCGAGCACGCUUCUUUCUUGGGUCUUCCCUCGCGACCUUGUUCCUGUCUCGAGUGGACCUGACCAGAGAACCAUGGGAGGCUCCCAGUCGAAGGGCUCCGCGGCGCCAGCUGGCGACCCCACGACCAUCAUGUACACGUACACGGACGAGGCCCCGAUGCUCGCCACGCACGCCUUCUUCCCAAUCGUGAAGGCAUUCUGCGGACACGCGGGCGUCGCCUUGGAGCUGAAGGACAUCUCGGUUGCAGGCCGCGUGCUUGCGCAGUUCCCUGACUGCCUUCAGGAGGACCAGAAGACGGCCGACACCCUGACCGAGCUCGGCCUCAUGGCCCAGAGUGGGAAGGCGAACAUCAUCAAACUCCCGAACAUUAGCGCCUCCGUGCCGCAGCUGAAGGAGUGCAUCAAGGAGCUGCAGGACAAGGGGUUCGCCGUGCCCGACUACCCUGAAGAGCCCAAGGACGACCGCGAGAAGAGCAUCAAGGCCUCCUACGGCAAGGUCCUCGGGAGCGCGGUCAACCCGGUGCUGAGGGAGGGCAACUCCGACCGGCGUGCGGCGGUGCCGGUGAAGGAGUACGCGUUCCGGUACCCGCACUCCAUGGGCAAGUGGGAUGCAAGCUCGAAGACGGUCGUGCGGAGCAUGAAGGACGGCGACUUCUACUCGCACGAGCGCUCCGUCACCGUGGAGGCGCCCUGCACCGCGCGGAUCGAGCUGCGGGCCGACGACGGAACGACCACCGUGCUGAAGGAGGAGCUGCCGCUCAAGGCCGGAGAUGUGGUGGACGGCACCUUCAUGGACUGCGAGGCGCUGUGCGCCUUCUACGAGCAGGCCAUCCAGGAGGCUCAGGCGUCCGGGGUGCUCUUCUCGCUGCACCUCAAGGCCACCAUGAUGAAGGUGUCCGACCCGAUCAUGUUUGGGCACUGCGUGAAGGUCUACUUCAAGGACGUGUUUGCGAAGCACAGCGGGACGUUCGCCAAGCUCGGCGUUGACGCCAACAACGGUUUGGGUGACGUGUACAAGAAAAUCGCGUCGUUGCCAGAGCCCGAACGCAAGGCCAUCGAGAACGACAUCAUGGCGACGUAUGCCAAGCGCGGGGACAUGGCCAUGGUGGACUCCCACAAGGGUAUCACGAACCUGCAUGUGCCCAGCGACGUCAUUAUUGACAAUUCGAUGCCGACGGCAAUCCGUGGCGGCGGGAAGAUGUGGAACAAGGACGACAAGGAACAGGACUUUGUGGCCGCUAUUCCCGAUCGAGGGUAUGCUGUCGUAUUCCACGAAGUGGUCGAAUUCUGCAAGAAGCACGGUGCUUUCGACCCCAAGACCAUGGGCGCCUGCCCCAAUGUGGGCCUCAUGGCACAGAAGGCAGAGGAAUACGGCUCGCACCCGUGCACCUUCGAGAUCAAGAAGCCAGGAACUGUCUGCAUCGUCGUCAACGGGGCCGAGCAGGUCCUGAUGGGACACAAGGUGGCCGCUGGCGAUAUUUACCGCUCAUGCCAGACGAAGGAUGCUCCCAUCAAGGAUUGGGUUAAACUGGCGGUGAACAGGUGCCGCGCCAACAACUUCCCGAACAAUGACAAGCCGUGCAAGGCGAUCUUCUGGCUCGACCCGGCUCGCGCGCACGACGUGAUCUUGAUGGAGAAGGUCAAGAAGUAUUUGCCAGAGUUCAGUCCUGAGGGUUUGGACAUCGAGGUCAUGUCGCCGAUGCAGGCCACGCGCGUAACCUGCGAGCGCGCCAGGGACGGCCUGAACACCAUCACGGUGACUGGCAAUGUCCUCCGGGACUACUUGACCGACCUCUUCCCCAUCCUGGAGCUCGGCACGUCCGCGAAGAUGCUCUCCAUUGUGCCCAUGCUCGCUGGCGGUGCCAUGUACGAGACCGGCGCUGGUGGUUCUGCGCCCAAGCACGUGCAGCAGUUUGUCAAGGAAGGCCACCUCCGCUGGGACUCCUUGGGCGAGUACCUGGCACUCUCGUGCGCGUUCACGGACCUCGGGGUCAACAACCCCAAGGCCAAGGCCCUGGCCGACGCCCUCGACAAGGCCGUUGGCACCUUCCUGGUCGCGAACAAGAACCCCUCGCGGAAGGUGAAGGAGAUCGACAACCGCGGCAGCCAUUACUGGGUGGCGCGCUACUGGGCCGAGGAGCUGGCGAAGCAGAGCGCGGACGCCGGCCUGGCGGCAACAUUCGCGAGUUUUGCGUCUGACCUGGCCAGCAGCGAGGAGAAGGUCCUCCAGGAGCUCAUCGACUGUCAGGGCAAGCCGAUGGACAUCGGCGGCUACUACAAGCUCGACAAGGCCAAGGCCGACGCGGCGAUGAAUCCCAGCACGACGCUGAACUCGAUCGUCGUCCGCAUGUCCCAGGGUCUCGACGCCAGGGUCUGAGCGGACUGCUGGGACGCUGAGGUAUCGUGCUGCGGGAAAGCACAGCUUCAAGCAUCGGGCAUUGUCUGCUGGCGAGCGCGGGCUCUGAUCUAGCUGGCCCCCCGACAGGCCUCGAACGCUUGGUCUUGACCACGGUGCCUGUAAUCACGUUCCAAGGUCCACGAUCCGGCAUUCUAUCAAAAUCGGCCGAGGGACCGAACUGUUUAGAUCGGCUUGGUGCGUUUAGCUCCACCGACUUUCAAGCUCUGCCCCGCUAAGUUCCGCAGAGCCAGUUGAGGACAUGUGCCGCGCGAGCGUUCUCUCCGCCCCCGCCUCUUGGGGAGGAGGGAGGAGGAGGCGCAGCAGGGGAGAGCGACGAC